AUGGCCUUUCUAAAAGACGUUAAGAGCUCCGCGUACCACUCGCGUUUCCAAACCCCCUUCAGAAGAAGACGUGAGGGUAAGACCGAUUACUACCAACGUAAGCGUCUCGUCGCUCAACACAAGGCUAAGUACAACUCUCCAAAGUACAGACUUGUGGUGCGUUUCACCAACAAGGACAUUGUCUGCCAAAUCGUGUCUUCCACCAUCACUGGUGACAUCGUUUUGGCCGCUGCCUACUCGCACGAAUUGCCUCGUUACGGUAUCACGCACGGUCUAACCAACUGGGCUGCUGCCUACGCCACCGGUUUGUUGAUCGCCAGAAGAGCCUUGCAAAAGCUCGGUCUAGACGAGACCUACAAGGGUGUCGAGGAAGUCGAAGGUGAAUACCAAUUGACCGAGGCCGUCGAAGAUGCUCCUCGUCCAUUCAAGGUUUUCCUAGACAUUGGUUUGCAAAGAACCACCACUGGUGCCCGUGUCUUCGGUGCCCUAAAGGGUGCCUCUGACGGUGGUUUGUACGUUCCUCACUCCGAGAGCAGAUUCCCAGGUUGGGACUUCGAAGCCGAAGAGAUUGACGCUGACACUCUAAGAACCUACAUCUUCGGUGGUCACGUCUCUCAAUACAUGGAAGAAUUGGCUGACGAUGAUGAAGAACGUUUCAGAGAGCUUUUCCAAGGUUACCUUGCUGACGACAUCGAUGCCGAUGCCAUCGAGGACAUCUACAUGGAAGCCCACGAGCAAAUCCGUGCCGACCCAUCUUUCAAGGCUACCGAGAAGAAGUUCACCAAGGAACAAUACGCUGCUGAGUCCAAGAAGUACAAGCAAGUUAAAUUGACCAGAGAACAAAGAAAAGAACGUGUUGCUGCCAAGAUUGCCGCUUUGGCCCAAUAA